AUGGACGUCGUCUUUGCCGCAACAGAGGCAUACAUCGGACCGAGAGCGUUGACCACAAUCGCAAGCGAAUGGGGUAUCGAGGCGGCGGCGGAGCCAGGUGGUGAAGUCGACCCUGGCUUAUUACAAUUCAAGAGGAUACAGUCGGGCGAUGCUCUCCCAGCAGAGUUGAGGCGGCAAGCACCUUGGAAAUGGAACAUCACCACCACACACAAAAUUAUGAAGACAGACGAAUUCGGCUCCGACAACGCAGCACCCAGUCCGCACGCACUACAGAGCACGCCGGUACCACUGGAAGAGGCAGCUCAGUCCUUUGUCCGAGCACUCAUCGGCGCAUUACACGUACACCUGGGCUCCCCGCUCGUCAAGCGCUUUUUCCGUGACCACUUCCUGAGCCGACAUCUCGAUAUCAGCACGAUUUUCGACUUCAGAAUGCCGACACGCGAUCUUUCACGGUUAUGCGCACGAGAGGGCUUCGAGCCACCGGUUGCCCGAUUGAUCUCAGAAACCGGUCGUCUGAGCAGACAUCCUGUCUUCGUGGUUGGGGUAUACAGCGGAAAGGACAAGCUAGGAGAGGGAUCAGGCAGUUCAUUAGAUGAGGCCAAGACAAGAGCAGCGGCAGCAGCAUUGAAGGCAUGGUACCUAUACAAGCCGGUCGAGGUCACCGUCCCAAGCAGCAUGGAGGGCGAAUUGGAUACGAGCAAGUGGCGGCCGAACCACGUCGACCACGGAGAGGUCAUUGUGUAA